CGAACUUCAUGUUACAAGCUCUAUCUUAAAUAAACAUAAACAAAUAUGAAAGAAACGGUGUACAGAGUUUUUAUGAGUUGUUUUUUAAAGAGAGAGACAGAAAAGCGCCAACCAUGGUUGUUGUUGAUUAAGAAAACGCAAACAGUUUCUGAUUCACUGGAAUUCAUUUCCAGAUUCAGAUAUGGAGAUUCCAUUAAUCUGUAGUAGAAUUCAUCAUCAUCAUAAUACACCAUCAAAUUUCAUUGAGUUAUCCUCUGUUUCUUCAAGAUGUCCCGUUUUUCAGUUCAAAAAUCAAAUAAUAAGAAAAACAAGUUUUAGGGUUUCAGUUUCAUCUUGUAUAAAGGCUUCAUCAAAAGGAGGAAGUAGUAGUAACGAAGGGAUUGAUAGUGGAAUUUCAACUAGUCCUGUUAUGGAGGUAACAACUUUUAAUGAUAGUUUUGCUGCUGAUACUAAAGAUCUUCCUGUUUGGGAUAAAUUAGGAGCUGUUGUUAGACUCACUUAUGGAAUUGGGAUAUAUGGAGUAAUGGCAUUAACAGGAAGGUUCAUAUGUUCCAUGUCUGGAAUCGAUUCCAUGGGAGGGUUCGAUCCAUCAUUAGAUGCUGUUUUAGAAGGACUUGGGUAUGCAGCUCCACCAAUUAUGGCUCUUCUCUUCAUAUUAGAUGAUGAAGUUGUGAAGUUAUCACCUCCUGCACGUGCCAUCAGAGAUGUGGAAGACGAGGAGCUCAGGAGCUUCUUUUAUGGGAUGUCACCAUGGCAGUUCAUACUCAUUGUAACUGCUAGUUCCAUAGGAGAGGAGCUUUUCUAUCGAGCAGCAGUUCAGGGGGGAUUAGCUGACAUUUUUUUAAGAGGAGGCACCGAAUUGAUGAAGGAUGCUCGAGGAAUUGCAGCUCUGACGGGUGUUUUACCGCCAUUUGUCCCUUUCGCUCAAGCAUUUGCAGCUGUGAUCACAGCUGCUCUUACAGGGUCACUAUAUUAUGUAGCUGCCUCUCCAAAAGAUCCUACAUAUGUGGUAGCUCCAGUCUUACCAUCUCGCUCUAGCCGUAACGAUCUUAAAAAGCUCUUUGCAGCUUGGUACGAGAAAAGGCAAAUGAGGAAGAUUUACUCACCCCUGUUGGAGGGAAUUUUAGCACUUUACCUUGGCUUUGAAUGGAUUCAAACAAAUAACAUACUCAGCCCCAUGAUAACACAUGGGAUAUACUCGGGCGUUAUAUUGGGACACGGUUUGUGGAAAAUUCACGACCACAAACGAAGAUUACAUCAGCGGAUAGAACAACUUAGAUCAGAAGUUAGGUCUUCAAAUAAGCUAUAAAAAACCAUGGAAAGUGAUUGCCUACUGAAGAAUCUUGAACGAGUAACUGGGACUGAACGAAAUUGUGUAUGUUACUUGGUGGAGUCUAAUGAAGACCGAAGAUGAGAAUGACAUAUAGUAGAUUUAGUUGAAGAAUGUUUACCAAGAAUAAUAGCUGCUUUGUAUAUGAUGAAUAUAUUUGAUCUGUAUAUUUGGUUCCUACUAUAGUGUAACUUUCCAUGUCAAGCAGACUCCUUUCUUAAUCA